GAGGGAACGCGCGCGCGAGAGAGAGAGAGAGAGAAAGAGACAGAGAGAAAGAAAGAGAGAGAAAGGCCAGCAGGAGGGCAAAAGUCGUUCCUUUUGCGAGUCGUGUCAUGGCUGCAUCGUCGUCGUGAGAGAAAGAGAGACUGGUAGCGUGCGCGUUGAACAGAGAACACGAGUGGGAGAGAGAGAGAGAGAGAGAAAGAGGGAGAGAGAGGGAGAGGAAGGAACGAGUGCACACGAGAGAGAGAGAGAGAGAGAGAGAAAGAAAGAAAGAAAGAAAGAGAGUGCGUGAACGAAGAAAGAGAGGGAGUAAAAAUCUGGAGAUAAUGAAAUGACGGUGCGUUCGAGCGAGUAGGCGCGAAAACGUUAGUGCGCGCUAAGAAAUCGGGUGCGUGUGUCUCUGAUUAAACGAGAGAGGAAGAAAGAAAGAAAGAAAGAAAGAGUGAGUGAGUGAUUGAGUGAGCGAGCGAGAGCGAGAGAGAUAGAGAGAAAGAGAGAGAUAGAGAGGAGAGGAGAGGAAAGAGAGAGAGAGAGAGAGAGAAAAGAAUCGACGACGUGUUUUUCCCGAUGCGGAAGCUCGUCCGAGUAUACGCGAUAGAGGGUGCUUUCGCGCGUGCUUAAAAAACCACUCUCUCCUUUCUUAUCGCGUUAUAACGAUGAACAACUUCAACUUCAGUGAAUUGUGUUGCCUGUUUUGCUGUCCGCCCUGCCCAUCGAGAAUCGCCGCGAAGCUAGCGUUCCUACCGCCGGAACCAACGUACACGUUCAUCGAGGACGAGGGCUCCUCGAAGUUUACGAUCUCUCUGUCGGAACGUGCCGAGUGGCAAUAUAACGAGAGAGAACUGGAAUCGGUCGAAGGUUUUUACGCGAGGACGUCUAGGGGCAAUCGUAUAGCAUGCGUUUUCGUACGUUGUUCGGCAACGGCACGUUUCACCUUAUUAUUCUCUCACGGGAACGCCGUCGAUCUUGGCCAGAUGUCUAGCGUCUAUCUCGGACUUGGCUCCAGGAUAAAUUGUAAUAUAUUCAGUUACGAUUAUUCGGGAUACGGGUUGUCGAAUGGCAAGCCCUCCGAGAAGAACCUCUACGCCGACAUAGACGCUGCGUGGCACGCUCUAAGGACGCGAUACGGUAUCAGCCCGGAAAAUAUAAUCCUCUAUGGUCAAAGUAUCGGAACCGUGCCCACCGUCGAUCUUGCAACAAGAUACGAGGUUGGCGCGGUCGUUCUGCAUUCGCCGCUCAUGUCCGGCAUGCGUGUUGCAUUUCGAAGCACUAAGAGAACUUGGUUCUUCGACGCCUUUGCCAAUAUAGAUAAGGUACCCAAAGUAACAUCUCCUGUUUUGGUUAUUCAUGGUACUUCAGACGACGUUAUAGAUUUCAGUCAUGGACAGGCUAUUUAUGAAAGAUGUCCAAGAGCUGUGGAACCAUUAUGGAUCGAUGGAGCUGGUCAUAAUGAUGUAGAACUUUACAAUCAAUAUUACGAACGGCUGAAGCAAUUUGUAAGCAUAGAGUUGGUAAACUGACGGCGACUCAGCCUCUCCCAGAGUCAGGGGGGGCCGGGAGGUGGAGAUACACAAGUUAGUAGUCAGAGCCGUAGUACCGCAAAUGAU